ACUCCUUGCUCUCCAGUGGACCAAAGCAUAGUUCAGGGGUCUAUGCACUGGAUUUUCCAGGCGAACUUCAAGAGAGAAGAAGGAAUGUGGGACACCGUUGCUAUGUGUCAGCCUCUCUGCUCCUUGGCUGGUGUUUCCUUUUUGUUGACUAACACAGGGUUUCGUUUGUCCCAGGAGGGUUGCCUGACUCCUGAGAAGGAAGCGACACAGCUGAAAUCCCAGGUGCAGCGGCUCCAGGCUGAGAAGGCAGAUCUGCUUGCCAUCAUUUCAGAAUUACAAGUCAAGCUGAACAACUCAGUAGAGGACUCUUUUGUGGAGAUUAGGAUGAAUGAAGGAGAAGUAAAUAGAACUGCAAAAGAAAAUCAAGAUAACAGUGGUGAAAUGAUCAGUAACGCUGCUAUCUACACGAGCAAACCUGCAGAUGAAGCGAAGAAUUUAGAGUCUGAAGAGCUAACUGUGAGCCAGCUGCUCUGCUGCCUUCGAAAUGAAACUCAGAAGAGGGAAAACCUUGAGAAGGAGUUGCAGAAUCACAAGGAGAGGCUGUCAAAGCUGAAGAAGGAAGAAGGCAACCGUACGGAGAGUGCAACUCAAACUGAGAAGGAAGAAGAGGAGAGUUCAGAGGUUGUUGGCAGUGAAGUAGAAACCCUGAAUUUGCAAGUGUGUGCUCUGUUUAAAGAGCUUCAGGAGGCCCAUGAGAAGUUAAAAGAAGCAGAACUGAUUCAGAAGAAGCUUCAAGAAAAGUGCCAAGUACUUGAAAGGAAAAGCUCUGCGGCUGCAUCAGAAUUGGAUGAGAAGCAGCAGCUAGUAUACACCAUCAGGAAGCUGGAACUUCAGGUGGAGAGCAUGCAGGCAGAGUUCAAGCUGGAACAAGCCAAGACACAGGAAGAAAGGGCAAAAUGUAGUAGCUUGCAGGAUGCAUACAACAAACUCCGUUCUGAACUCACUGAGGCAAUGAAAACGAUCGAUGAAAUGAAACGCAAAGAGCUGGACAGAGUUGAUAAAGCUGUGCUGGAAGAACUGACUGCAAAGGUAGAGCUGGCAGAACAAGCCCUCGCUGCAAAACAGUUCAAAAUGGAUGAAAUGAAGCAGAUAAUUGCAAAGCAAGAGGAAGACCUUGAAACCAUGGCUGUACUCCGUGCUCAGAUGGAGGUUUAUUGUUCUGAUUUCCAUGCCGAGAGGGCAGCAAGAGAGAAGAUCCAUGAGGAGAAGGAGCAGUUGGCUGUCCAGCUGGCAUACCUGCUAAAAGAGCAGCGGAACCUCGAUGAUCUGAGCCGAAACUCUUUGGCGGAGAUGCAGAGUCGCCAUGGAGCCAGGGCAGCAGGAAAUCGGGAACAUUCACCUCACCUUGUCCAAAGAGGAACUGGUAGUCAAGACUGGUCACAGCAGCGGAAUAUCUCAAUGUAUUCAUGUCCCAAAUGUGAAGAAAUUCUACCUGAUUUGGACACACUGCAGAUUCAUGUUAUGGACUGCAUUAAUUGAGUGGUGCCCUCCAAUUCUUCAUGUACUGGAAUUUCACCUGCCAAACAAAUACACUUUUUUUCUUCCUGCUAGAAUCACAGUCAAUUCUACUUCUAGUGAAGCAUUUUUCUAGCAUUUUCUCAUUAAUUCAAUGGGAAAAAGAGUUAGACUCCCAUCCUGCCUUGUACUCACUAGUCUUGUUUUAAUCUGCUUUAGGAAAAGAAUUUUUAUAGGCUAACAAAACAGAUGCAUUAAGGAACUCCCCGUGUGAUUGCUGCAAUGAAAUAUUUAAAUACCAUCCCCACGACAUGCUCUGCCCUCAUGCCUGAUGUGCAAGUGAUGACCUACAGUAGUGGGCUGAAUUACUGAAGUGUCGGAAGGGAGAUGGGUUACUGAUCAGUUAAAGUACCGAAGCGCGUACAUACUUCACCUUUCAUAUACUAUUAAUCAGGAAGGUAAUUCAUUAAAAAUACUGUUCGAGAAGCCUUCAGUAAAAUGGGAUAGUGUUGUAUUCACUGAAAUGAACCCUGUUCUUUCUCCAGAUGGCAGUUUUAUUGCUGCCCUUGUGACUAUGCUAAUCUGAUGUUAAAUUUUUGAUGGCCUAUGUAACUUCUUGCUUUAGCCAGAUGUGGGCAAGGUUUAAGACAGAUCAUUUAGGUCUGUUAUAUGUAGCUACUGGUGUACUCAAGUCACUUGGUUUUAUAGAACUGUUCAUUUUAAAGUGUAGUCUUUAUUCUUCUUUAUUAUAAUAAAUUCAUUUGAACCUGUACAGUAUCAUGCUAGAAAGAGCUGAGAUGGAUGUAACCUAAUUUAAAAAGAGGAAUAUAAUGAACUUUCAUGUCUGAAAAUAAAUCUAUUACAAGUAUAAAA